AUGAAUACAACCGUUUACGAAGGAGAUUUUCGCUUUAAUGGAACAGUGAACGGCAGCGGCGUUGCCUCGAACGCUACUUUAUCGCCCACAGAUGACCAACCGUACUCAUUUCUUCUCGUCCUUCUUACAACAUUGUUCUUCUCGCUAAUCAUCACCACUGGUCUUCUUGGGAACAGUUUUGUGAUGGCGACUCUGACCCGUUGGCGAGAGAUGCAGACACCAUGUAAUCUCCUGAUCGCCAAUAUCUGCCUUGCUGACAUUGCAGUUUGCGUUUUAGCAGCACCAUUGAGGAUCAUCGAAAUUUUUCGUGGGUGGAUCUUUGGUGACGUGAUGUGUUAUGUUUUGACUCCUCUCCAAGAUGUCUUCGUGGUGAUCUCCGUCAUCACGCAUACCGUGAUCGCGUUGGAAAGACAUCGAGCCAUCGUCUCUCCGUUCAAGCCAAAGAUGACCCUAAAGCGAGUAAAGACUACAGUGUUGGUGAUUUGGUUUGCUAGUUAUGUGACAGCCGGUGUACCGAUGGUAAUCUUUCUUAAGAACCAACUGGCUGGAGACGGUAAUUACUACUGUUUCCCAGUUUUUACUGAGGACAGUUAUCGAAUCGCAUACGAGAUGUAUCUCGUGGUUUUGUUCAUUACCUCUCCUCUGCUGCUGCAGUGCGUAGUGUACUUUGAUAUCAUCCGUGUUCUCAAAGCCAAGGAUGAAAUUCAUGUGCGAUGCAAAUCCUUUAAGUCAAACAGCUCACAAAGGAAAUUCCUCAAUGACCGUAUCCAACAGAAAAAGCGUCUAGUGAGAAUGUUAAUAGUGCUCAUGGUGGUUUUUCAAAUAUGUUAUCUUCCCCGCGGGGUGAUAAUGUUGAUGAGUGAGUUCAUACCCGAUAUAAUUAUCAGAACAGAAUUUAUGUAUGUAGAACUCAUAACUUUGGCGAUGUUUUACCUCAAGCACGUUAUAAACCCGUUGAUACUCUGGGCUAUGAGCAAUGAUUUUAGGGCCGGCUGUUGGAACAUUUGUUCCUCUGGUGACGAACAGCUAUCUUUUAGAGGAAGUCGCCGUAGUUCCUCAAGCUAUCGGGUAAAAAACAAAAGGAGACUGCAAUCUUUAGAAAAGUGAUUAAUGCAUGUUUUCUAACAAUCAACUGCUUCCAGCCCCUCUUUUUAACAACUUAAUUUAAUUCUUACUGACCGGGUCUGAUCGUCUUUGCUGUAUCUCUAAUUUUUGUGAUUUGAGCGGGACAUGUUGUGAUUUUUAUUCAUUAGUUCUAAGUGAAAGACUUAGAUCAAGAACUUGCUCCAAAAAAUGUGUUUAUACAAGUCUUUUUAAUACCCGUGUAUCAUCAUAUCGUCCCUUUUCCUAAGAAUACUCGAGAUAAAGAUGAGUAGCAAAUAUUGCAAUUAAGACUGAAGUAUCUAUGAGCUAAUUAUUGAGCUCAGAUACCGAUUUGAAUAGCCAACUUCUGUAGGAUUUCUCUGAAAGAGCCGGGAAGGCUUUCGGUUAACAAUCGUGAUCAGUGACAAAUGAACUCACCGUGAACCCAACGAAAGAGCAUUUAUUUAAUAAGGCUUUAGUAGGUCUGAUAAAAAAACUUAACAAAACUUGCAUGUUACAUAUAAUUUUAUGUAGUCGACAAUUUAUGAAUUAUAAGUUAGACUCAGUUGCCUUAGCCGUUUUAUAGAAACGUUUUUACACUCGUAGACAAGUAGGAAGCAACAUUUGUUGGUCGUUGAAGUUUUGAUUGUAGUAGCUCUUAAAUGUUCUUCAAGGAGAAUUAAGCUAUCACGGUCUAGCUGUAAAAAAGAAGCUAAUAAACGAUUUCCUAAGUUAGGAAGUUUGAUGAGUAGAUGUGAUUACAAUUAUGGAUUGAAGGAAGCAAAGUCAAUUAGUUUGUCUGAUGAAAGUUUGUUCCAAUGUGAAUAUUAUGAUAUAUUUUGAUCUUGUAAAAUAAAUGAAGAAUAAUUUGCAUGCGUAUGUUAUGAUCGCACUAAAGAACGUGCUAAUUUCAUAUUUUAAGAACUAUCGCAUAGAAUAGUAAAUUGAAGUAGUUUUACAUACUUGUCAGUAAUCAAUAAAUAUAUAAAAUAAGAAAUUUGUAACGCAUGUUUCAGCUGUAAAACUAAAAUGGCCCAUCUUGUGUGUCCAAACUGAAAACAAAAGAUAGAGCCCGAGAGCCAAGAGAAAGAGGAAAAAAGUAAACAAUUAAAACAGCAAUAACAAAAGAAAGCGUCGAUUAACAUGUUGAUAUUUCAAAAAAAAAAAAAAAAACGGAUAAAAGAUACAAAGGGACAUUCAAACCAAAUCCAUCAUUAAACGUUUAGCUCUUUGAAAAUCUGUUUCAAAAGAUAGCACCGCUUUUUGGCGAGGAUGCGCGCAGACAAAAAACUGACUCGCAUUUUUUGCAUUGAGGAACCGUUGGUGUUAAAACAAAAAUUACGCACUGAUUACAUAAAGUUUGCUAAAUGUGUUUUGUAUCUGAUAGUGCUGUAGGGAAGAAAACAAGAGCGAAAUACGAAGUGAUGAGAAUGCUUAGAAAAAUGAGUCAUUGACUUAAACUAAAGCCCGGUCAAAAUGUUGAAAUGAUUAUUUACUUUUUGACCCUGGUCCCCGUCUAGAAAGAUGAAUCUGAGAACAAAUUAAAAUUGCGCUUUUUAAAGAGUUAUCGCCUCGGCGAAACAAAACAAUUUUAGCAAUGUUUGCUUCCAAUUUUAAUAACAGCUCACAAAAACUUAUCCCUUUGCAUUUUCUUAAAAACAAAAACAGGUGUUUUUUCAAAGGCCCCAGAAGUUUCGGAGAGCUUCGGGGGUGCUUUAAUUUUCAUAAUUUGUUUACUCUGAUAUAGCAUCCCUACCACUAGCUGCGUUACUGUCUAAAUUAAAAUAGGAGUGUUUCAAAAUAUAUUUUUACCAGUCUUUGCACACUUUUCUUAAAAAAAAAACCUGGUAGUUUUAGCUUACAAAUCCUGAGCUUUAGUAGUUGGAACUUAUGACUCCCGAAGAAAUCCCCAAUGAUGCGUCCGAAGCCUUUACUAUAAAUAUCAACUUUCGUUGCCUGAUAAUCGAUUGUUUGCUCGUUGACUAAGAUCUUCAGUAUCAGAAAAUAAUAAAUACAAACACUAUUUUUUCUCUUUGAGUCCGUCGUGAGCCGAAGUCCACGAUUGCGGCGCGAUUGUCUAAGGAAACUGAGGAGCUCUAAAAUUAGCUGCCACUAAUUAAUUUCCCAAAUUAAAUUAGGCGGUUAGCUUUAAGUUUUAUUGAAUGUUGUUGCCAUUAGUGUCUUAAGUGAAACUAAUCGCGUGCCGAAAAAAGCCAAUAGCAUGGAGUCUAGCCUGCAAGCAAGUUCUCCGGGGCGCUCUGGCGGCGGGGCGGGAAAAGAAAGGAGAGCUUGCAACGGGUGUCAAUUAAACGCGAGUUCGCGGGUCAAUUUUUUUUUUUUUUUUCAAAUGCUGUUUUAGGGUAAGGACUGACACUGACCCUAACCCUAACCCUGGUCCCGGUCCCGACCCCGAACCCGCGUUUUACUGACAUCCGCUUGCAACUACGUCUCCGAAAUUUGAAUUCCACCUACAAUUCCCCCGUGGCUUCCCGUCGACUGAGCUGUCAGAUUUCCGCAAAUCAGGGGGAAGCGAAAACGAGCGCGGAUGAAAACAAACAUUGAAAAACAAUUGUCAAGGGUAAUGACGUCAUUACCUAUGUCAUCUCCGCCAAUCAGCAUUUCGCAUCGACUUUUCGAUGCAGAUAUUCAAAUUCCAGAGACGCAGUUGCAAAUUUCUCCUUCCUUUUCCCGCCCCGUCGCCAGAGCGCCCCGGAGAGUUUGCUCACAGGCUACAAGGGUUAUGUCACCAAACUCGCCUUCACCGACCAUAUUGCAUGUGACCUAACUUGAUGAUCUAAAGAUUUCGGAGCUAAGUAGAAAGAAGGAAGAAAUAAAGGCCACGAACUUCAAAGUAGACUGGAUCAAGGCCUGUGAGAAAUUUAUAAGAAAAGUCACAAAGCUGGAACCAGUUUAGUUUGAAAUCUUUAAGCAUGUAAUUUGGAAAAGUUUUCUUCCGUUCGGAAAGGUCAUGCACUAUUGUCCUUUCUUAGCUUUUCUUACCCAUCACAUCAGUUUAAACCACCCCGUUCACACUAGUAUAUCGACGCGUAACACAGUUCUGUUGGUGAUUAGCCGUGCGUCUACACCAGAACCAUCUGCUUUAGCGAAUUAUUGUUGACAGUUUUUGCCUUAUCAACAUACGCUUAUCAUUCCACAAAGCUAUAAUAACAGCUCUGUAGCCGUAAUUUGAUCUCCAAAAACAGUGUAGUUUUGGAGAUAGUCUCUUUUAAAAACCCGAAAUUUAACAAAAAAUAUAUAAGCUCAUCUAAGAUUUUGCCACCCAGCAAUUUCGUAGUUUAAGUUUUGGACAAACUCGUUUCCAGGGUCCUCUCCUCGAGUUCGUCACGUUAGAAAACUGUCUUUAUAACACGUGAGACCAAUAUGGCAGUUAAAAUGGUCGUGAUGGGGCGUUUUUAUGUGGUUUCUAGGAUGAUUGCUUGUUCUUAAUAUUUAAUGCUUUUGAACGUAGCCGAGUAUCACUGCCGCGUCGUGCUAUAACACUGACUGUAUCAUCGAUCAUUGAAGAAGGCCAAAAUUUUCGUUUACCAUGUGCUCUUCGUUCCACCCUGACCGCUAGAACCACUGGAACAAUUGUUAUUUCAGCAUCUAUCCCGGCUGACAGAUGAGCGUUGCAGCGUUUUCAAGUAGAGCGGCCAUGCGCGUCCAGCGUCAUAGUGCUGACUAGGGAACAGUAAUGUGGCAGAAAUUAAAACGUUGUGUGGAUGCGAACCUCUAUUAUACGUGUUCGCAAGUAUUCUGCAAGAAAUCAGAGAAUUAGUUGGGAGGGGCGUACUGCCAUUUUAGUUUUCGGUGAUGUUCAUUGGGCGCAAUAGUAUGCAGUAUGCAAAUUAAGGUAACAGAAGUCUCUGUGCAUGCCGAUAGGAGAUCAAUGUGAGCCGAACUCAGAAGGGAAGGACGGAAGAGAAAAGGGCCUCUGUCCCCCGAGAGCUUGCACGCAGGCUAGGGAAAUUAAUCAAAGUAAACUAUGGGGAACUCGUGGAUGCAAUGUUUCAUAGAAAAAUUCCGGCUGCUGUAAAGAAAGCAUUAAUGCUUACCGAGAGAAAUACACGUGUUCGUGACAUGGUUUUUACAACAACGCACUACACAUGUAGUUAAAUAAAAUGAAUAGCUUCAGUCUCUUGCAGCGUUCUUGGACAAUUUGUCUCCCCAAAGAAGCGAUUGUUUUUUUCUAAACAAACCUUAAGUUUUUAAGAACUACUUGAUAUUAGAUGAGUGCUGGUAACAUCUUAAUGGUAGCAUUGUUUUAAAAGAAAACUGUCGCGACUUAUUUGGGAUAUUCUUGGCGUCUAAACUAUGAAUAUUUCUUUUUCAUUUACUGUAAUGUCAUGUUAGUACAUGCAGUAUAUCAUUUGCUUGUUCAUGCACAGUUUUUUUAACCAUGGGAAAUAAUUUCAUUUAAAUGUUUGUUUUCAUCACUGAAUGUCACUUCCCACGAUAUAUUUUGAUUGUCAUAUUUGAAUUUUUUAAUUUUUUAUAUUGUAUUCAAGUCUAUUAGCUUUUAAAAAAUUAUUCACCACGGGUUUUCCAUAGGACAUCUUGUUUGCUGGCAGAUAGAGAACAAGGCGUUUCUCAUAUAACGAAAACAUUAUAUUUGUUUUGGUGCGCGCCCCUGUAGAACAAGGACAACAGCGAGUCAUCGUGUACUUUUAUUAUAAACUAAUUUACUGUUGACCACCCAGCUGCCUUCGACAAAUUUCAGAAACAGCGAAAAAGAUAGAAGAGCAAACAAUUUUUUUACAAUAUAAUAAACCCAGCACGACGUUUGAGUGAAAUCUAGUGAAAAUUGAUUUCGCUACUCUUGCGGUCGACAUAGACACCUGGUGAAACCGCGAUUGAACCCUUGAAGGUUCAAGUCAAAACGAUUUCUCCAGAUGAAAAUAAACUCGGAGCGGCCAAUUUUAAUACAAUGUUUGCACCUUAAUACAAUUUGAGGUAAGCCCUUCGGAGUGUUAACAUAUCAUCCAAUUCAAUCUCAACCGAAUUUAAUCAGAGGUCAUCAAAAGCCCUAAACAGAGCACCUGUAUAGUGACAAAAUUCAAUUAUUCGCGGUUGGGUACUUGCUUCGAUUGCGUUUUAACAUUUUCCAAGAAGUUUUCUGCUUCAAGCGCGUCCGAUUUAACCUGUAUAAAAAAACUUGCAUCAUCAAAAUUGAGAGCGGCAUUUUAGUGGACAGAAAGGAUUUACAUUUAUCUGAGUCAGUGACAAACAAUCAUUUUUACUUGCCUUCUUCAAUCUAAAGAAUAGAGGAAAGAAAUCUCAACCGCAAAAACUGUAAGUUUUGGUAUUUAAUGUUCUAAAAACUCGGUUUUUUUGUUUAUUUUCGUUUGUAUGACUGUACAAUCUUUGCCUUUUCACCUUUAUUGUACAUUCUAAAACGAAAUAUUCGAAUUAACUUUCAGGGUAGAAUCGUAAGUGUUGCAAAUUGCGUGAAGUUGUGUUUCUUCUUGACUUAUUCAACUGGGAGGGCCCUUAUCCGCCAUGUUGCCACAACGUAUUGUGUCCAGAGUUCUGAUCUAGAUCAUUGCUGGUUUUGCUUAAGGGUGGAAAGGUUACCUGAGCUGCGAAAAACCUCAGGUACAUUUGGAGAAAAAAAAAAUGUUAAGCUUAGGUUUCAGCGUUUUCUAUGCAACGUGGUGUUUAAACGGGGGGGAUUCACGACAGGUACAAUGCAAGAAAUGACGCAUGCUGAACACAACAACUACUGAUUGACACUAUUAAAACUUUUCGGCCAAGUUAUUCUGUUUGCAUUUUCUGGUCUUUUAUAAAACACAAGCCUGCAUUUAGGGUAGCCAUUUGCAACAAUGAUUGAUAUUCGUUUCAUUUUUUAGUAAGUGAAUCAAAGCUGAUUUUUGCUCGGGUACACUCUUACGUUCUAACAGGGUGCGGUUCAUGUUGACCAAAAUGGGCGCCAGAGAGAGGCACGGUGGUGGCGGGGGGGGGGGGGGGCUCUGAAUUAUUUUCGACUUCCAAGGAGGGGGCUCCUAAAAACUUGAACCGCUAGCGCGGGGGGCUGCUAAAAUUUCAAGCUUCGAGUUUCAAUAUCUUCAUCCCCCCCCUUGUCAUAUUAAAUGAACUUUCCCUUAAUUUUCAUAAUUUGUUUACUCUGAUAUAGCAUCCCUACCACUAGCUGCGUUACUGUCUAAAUUAAAAUAGGUGUGUUUCAAAAUAUAUUUCUACCAGUCUUUGCACACUUUUCUUAAAAAAAACCUGGUAGUUUUAGCUUACAAAUCCUGAGCUUUAGUAGUUGGAAAUUAUGACUCUCGAAGAAAUCCCCAAUGAUGCGUCCGAAGCCUUUACUAUAAAUAUCAACUUUCGUUGCCUGAUAAUCGAUUGUUUGCUCGUUGACUAAGAUCUUCAGUAUCAGAAAAUAAUAAAUACAAACUCUAUUUUUUCUCUUGGAGUCCGUCGUGAGCCAAAGUCCACGAUUGCGGCGCGAUUGUCUAAGGAAACUGAGAAGCUCUAAAAUUAGCUGCCACUAAUUAAUUUCCCAAUUUAAAUUAGGCGGUUAGCUUUAGGUUUUAUUGAAUGUUGUUGCCAUUAGUGUCUUAAGUGAAACUAAUCGCGUGCCGAAAAUAGCCAAUAGCAUGGAGUCUAGCCUGCGAGCAAGUUCUCCGGGGCGCUCUGGCGGCGGGACGGGAAAAGGAAGGAGAGCUUGCAACGAGUGUCAAUUAAACGCGAGCUCGCGGGUCAUUUUUUUUUUUCAAAUGCUGUUUUAGGGUAAGGAUUGACACUAACCCUAACCCUAACCCUGGUCCCGGUCCCGACCCCGAACCCGCGUUUUACUGACAUCCGCUUGCAACUACGUCUCCGAAAUUUGAAUUCCACCUACAAUUCCCCUUUUGGCUUCCCGUCGACUGAGCUGUCAGAUUUCCGCAAAUCAGGGGGAAGCGAAAACGAGCGCGGAUGUAAACAAACAUUGAAAAACAAUUGUCAAGGGUAAUGACGUCAUUACUUAUGUCAUCUCCGCCAAUCAGCAUUUCGCAUCGACUUUUCGAUGCAGAUAUUCAAAUUCCAGAGACGCAGUUGCAAAUUUCUCCUUCCUUUUCCCGCCCGUCGCCAGAGCGCCCCGGAGAGUUUGCUCACAGGCUACAAGGGUUAUGUCACCAAACUCGCCUUCACCGACCAUAUUGCAUGUGACCUAACUUGAUGAUCUAAAGAUUUCGGAGCUAAGUAGAAAGAAGGAAGAAAUAAAGGCCACGAACUUCAAAGUAGACUGGAUCAAGGCCUGUGAGAAAUUUAUAAGAAAAGUCACAAAGCUGGAACCAGUUUAGUUUGAAAUCUUUAAGCAUGUAAUUUGGAAAAGUUUUCUUCCGUUCGGAAAGGUCAUGCACUAUUGUCCUUUCUUAGCUUUUCUUACCCAUCACAUCAGUUUAAACCACCCCGUUCACACUAGUAUAUCGACGCGUAACACAGUUCUGUUGGUGAUUAGCCGUGCGUCUACACCAGAACCAUCUGCUUUAGCGAAUUAUUGUUGACAGUUUUUGCCUUAUCAACAUACGCUUAUCAUUCCACAAAGCUAUAAUAACAGCUCUGUAGCCGUAAUUUGAUCUCCAAAAACAGUGUAGUUUUGGAGAUAGUCUCUUUUAAAAACCCGAAAUUUAACAAAAAAUAUAUAAGCUCAUCUAAGAUUUUGCCACCCAGCAAUUUCGUAGUUUAAGUUUUGGACAAACUCGUUUCCAGGGUCCUCUCCUCGAGUUCGUCACGUUAGAAAACUGUCUUUAUAACACGUGAGACCAAUAUGGCAGUUAAAAUGGUCGUGAUGGGGCGUUUUUAUGUGGUUUCUAGGAUGAUUGCUUGUUCUUAAUAUUUAAUGCUUUUGAACGUAGCCGAGUAUCACUGCCGCGUCGUGCUAUAACACUGACUGUAUCAUCGAUCAUUGAAGAAGGCCAAAAUUUUCGUUUACCAUGUGCUCUUCGUUCCACCCUGACCGCUAGAACCACUGGAACAAUUGUUAUUUCAGCAUCUAUCCCGGCUGACAGAUGAGCGUUGCAGCGUUUUCAAGUAGAGCGGCCAUGCGCGUCCAGCGUCAUAGUGCUGACUAGGGAACAGUAAUGUGGCAGAAAUUAAAACGUUGUGUGGAUGCGAACCUCUAUUAUACGUGUUCGCAAGUAUUCUGCAAGAAAUCAGAGAAUUAGUUGGGAGGGGCGUACUGCCAUUUUAGUUUUCGGUGAUGUUCAUUGGGCGCAAUAGUAUGCAGUAUGCAAAUUAAGGUAACAGAAGUCUCUGUGCAUGCCGAUAGGAGAUCAAUGUGAGCCGAACUCAGAAGGGAAGGACGGAAGAGAAAAGGGCCUCUGUCCCCCGAGAGCUUGCACGCAGGCUAGGGAAAUUAAUCAAAGUAAACUAUGGGGAACUCGUGGAUGCAAUGUUUCAUAGAAAAAUUCCGGCUGCUGUAAAGAAAGCAUUAAUGCUUACCGAGAGAAAUACACGUGUUCGUGACAUGGUUUUUACAACAACGCACUACACAUGUAGUUAAAUAAAAUGAAUAGCUUCAGUCUCUUGCAGCGUUCUUGGACAAUUUGUCUCCCCAAAGAAGCGAUUGUUUUUUUCUAAACAAACCUUAAGUUUUUAAGAACUACUUGAUAUUAGAUGAGUGCUGGUAACAUCUUAAUGGUAGCAUUGUUUUAAAAGAAAACUGUCGCGACUUAUUUGGGAUAUUCUUGGCGUCUAAACUAUGAAUAUUUCUUUUUCAUUUACUGUAAUGUCAUGUUAGUACAUGCAGUAUAUCAUUUGCUUGUUCAUGCACAGUUUUUUUAACCAUGGGAAAUAAUUUCAUUUAAAUGUUUGUUUUCAUCACUGAAUGUCACUUCCCACGAUAUAUUUUGAUUGUCAUAUUUGAAUUUUUUAAUUUUUAUAUUGUAUUCAAGUCUAUUAGCUUUUAAAAAUUAUUCACCACGGGUUUUCCAUAGGACAUCUUGUUUGUUGGCAGAUAGAGAACAAGGCGUUUCUCAUAUAACGAAAACAUUAUAUUUGUUUUGGUGCGCACCCCUGUAGAACAAGAACAACAGCGAGUCAUCGUGUACUUUUAUUAUAAACUAAUUUACUGUUGACCACCCAGCUGCCUUCGACAAAUUUCAGAAACAGCGAAAAAGAUAGAAGAGCAAACAAUUUUUUUACAAUAUAAUAAACCCAGCACGACGUUUGAGUGAAAUCUAGUGAAAAUUGAUUUCGCUACUCUUGCGGUCGACAUAGACACCUGGUGAAACCGCGAUUGAACCCUUGAAGGUUCAAGUCAAAACGAUUUCUCCAGAUGAAAAUAAACUCGGAGCGGCCAAUUUUAAUACAAUGUUUGCACCUUAAUACAAUUUGAGGUAAGCCCUUCGGAGUGUUAACAUAUCAUCCAAUUCAAUCUCAACCGAAUUUAAUCAGAGGUCAUCAAAAGCCCUAAACAGAGCACCUGUAUAGUGACAAAAUUCAAUUAUUCGCGGUUGGGUACUUGCUUCGAUUGCGUUUUAACAUUUUCCAAGAAGUUUUCUGCUUCAAGCGCGUCCGAUUUAACCUGUAUAAAAAAACUUGCAUCAUCAAAAUUGAGAGCGGCAUUUUAGUGGACAGAAAGGAUUUACAUUUAUCUGAGUCAGUGACAAACAAUCAUUUUUACUUGCCUUCUUCAAUCUAAAGAAUAGAGGAAAGAAAUCUCAACCGCAAAAACUGUAAGUUUUGGUAUUUAAUGUUCUAAAAACUCGGUUUUUUUGUUUAUUUUCGUUUGUAUGACUGUACAAUCUUUGCCUUUUCACCUUUAUUGUACAUUCUAAAACGAAAUAUUCGAAUUAACUUUCAGGGUAGAAUCGUAAGUGUUGCAAAUUGCGUGAAGUUGUGUUUCUUCUUGACUUAUUCAACUGGGAGGGCCCUUAUCCGCCAUGUUGCCACAACGUAUUGUGUCCAGAGUUCUGAUCUAGAUCAUUGCUGGUUUUGCUUAAGGGUGGAAAGGUUACCUGAGCUGCGAAAAACCUCAGGUACAUUUGGAGAAAAAAAAAAUGUUAAGCUUAGGUUUCAGCGUUUUCUAUGCAACGUGGUGUUUAAACGGGGGGGAUUCACGACAGGUACAAUGCAAGAAAUGACGCAUGCUGAACACAACAACUACUGAUUGACACUAUUAAAACUUUUCGGCCAAGUUAUUCUGUUUGCAUUUUCUGGUCUUUUAUAAAACACAAGCCUGCAUUUAGGGUAGCCAUUUGCAACAAUGAUUGAUAUUCGUUUCAUUUUUUAGUAAGUGAAUCAAAGCUGAUUUUUGCUCGGGUACACUCUUACGUUCUAACAGGGUGCGGUUCAUGUUGACCAAAACACGAGUAGGUUUUUUUCCUUUUUUGCUUUGGGUAUCUGACAAGGAAAAGUUUUGAUCACAUCUGCAGUUGUUAAAUAUUUUAUGUCUCGAACACAAACAGAAGGAUUUGAUGUAAUCCGCCUUUUUACAUGUUAUUUUAUUUUCUCUUGGCGCGCAGCUACAUGAAUCCAAGUCGAUUUUCUUGUGGUAGAAACUGAAAGGUCAUGAAAAAUGAAGAGAUAAUUAGGUAUGGCUUGUGGUGCAUUUUCGUAUUUUAACUGGACAGUGAUGGUUUGAUUUCAUUUAAUACACAAUUUCUUCCGCCGAUUAAGCGAUAAAGCUAAAAUUCAUGAGGUAGUGAAGAGUCUGGUUUGCGAUAUACAUCCGGUCUGUUAGCCCGCCAAAAACAGCCCUAGGUUUCUAAAUUGUAUAUGAAGAUAAUAUUUUACUCUAGAAUAAAAAAGGAAGUAGGAUAUAUCUAGAAGGGGUGGGGGAAGGGGUCGGGGGGCAGAGAAAAUUCUCCGAGCAAACGUUUUCAGUUGAUUUUAUUCUCUGAGCCAAGAGUCUGCCAGACAAACUGAUCAGUUUGGGUGUAGUUCAUACAAGAAAGUCUUGAUUUCUGGUCUAAUAAAGCCGUGUUUCAUAUAAGCUAGCCUUGCAUGAUGUAUCGCUCAUGUGUAUAUCUGAGUUCAAGUUAUUCAGAAAAAGAUACAUACGGUGGCAAUUGUUCAUUGUAAAAAUUUCAUUUUAAAAAGGCAGGAAAUUGAAAAUAUUGCAGGAAGUAAGAGGAAAAUUUAUUGGGAGCUCUCUUAUAACGUACACGAAAACAAGAAGCACGUAAUCAAAAGUUAACCAACAAAGUUAAUAUCAUUAUGGUCCAUUACUGGUACCAUUUCUUUUUCACAGUAUGGUUUCUUAAUAUUUUGCAUUUUCAUUAAAAAAAUGGCUUUAUUUGAUUUUCUUUGUUAUAUAAAGUUGGUAAUAUAUAUUCCUUUUCUUUUUUCAACACUUCGCACUAUAAAUCUUUUGGGCCAAUUUAAAUUUCAUUUUUGCCAAAAAGGUAUUAUUCAUUAAAAUGCGGUUGUAUGUUAAAAAGACAAAGCAUGCAAAUUUUAAAGAGCAAGUGGCUUGGCUCUAGCAGAAGGCAUAAAAAAAACUUCAGGUUUGAUUAACGUUUUGAUCGUAAAACAACGCCUUUGGUAUAUAUCGUUUUUUGGUUACUGGCUAUUUUAUUUUUACAAGUGACGCUUGAGAAAGCUACGCCGUGCGCAAUUUGUUAACUCCUACAAACGACGGAACAAUAUUUAUGAGGCUCUUAUAUCCGUUUAAGAACUGAUUAUCUAUCCAGGAGUUCCAAGAUGGUGGGGAGUUAGAUAAAUCGGCGUACGCGGGGAAAACGAUGGAAGAUCGUGGGGCGAAAUUUGCGACCUUUGCUUUUUGUAACAUUGUUAUAUGGUGCGCAUGCACGCGAAACGCUUAGUUAUGCUUUUGUUUUCCCAUGAAAAUGCUCAACCUUAAUGCUCCAUUUUCCCGUAGUCCACCAAAAAGUCACUAAAAUUCUCAAUAACGCUCAUCAUAGAGAGGCCUUUUUUGGAUCAAUUUAUGCUUCUAGGAAACUGCCCACCUACCCCUCCCCUAAGCUUACAUUAAAACUUACUUCUCAUUUAGGGCAAAAUGAUGGCUUAGGGGAGGGGUAGGUGGACAGUUUCCCAGAAACCUACAUUUAUCUCCUUUUUUUAUUAAUUCUAAACAUUUUAAGGGGGUUUGAGGCUAACAAAAAUGUAUACGUGGUAUGACAACAAUGUAUACAAAUAAAUACUUUCAGUAUAGCAAAAUGAUCAUCUACAUAGCUGUAUAAAGGUGAAAUUUGAAUAUAGUUUUUAGAAUUAUUUUUAAAGUCGUCAUAUCUCUUCAAAAAUGAUUCAAUUUUUAUUUUCUGUGAGAGCAAAACCUGAUUUUCCGGAAAAAUGCCACUCAAAUGCCCGAAUAAUGCUCAAUGCUUUUGUCUCACUAAAAUGCUCACAAAAAAUGUAAGCAUAAUGUACAUGGCCUAGUAACGCUACCUGUGGCACGAAAAUAUUGUCGUUUCAAAUUGCCCUUUUACAAGGAUUUGAUUGACAUCAACGCAUUAAGUAAUAGGUAAAAAAAUUCUUAGAUGUCAAGGUCAUAAAAUGAAAACACCAGGAAGUUCAAAAGAUUGCACUGAUAGGAGCGAAGGUAAGUUGAAAAGAAAAUAUUAUUUGCGAUAUGUUUCAAGCCAUGCAGUGACUUAGUCGGUUCUUUGCUGCUGAACGACCGGUGAGCAAUGUUGAGAUGUUUAACAAAUCAUCCAAAUCUCUAUUCUCGUUCACAACAGAUGUAUCCGAUAUGUCGAAGUAUAACAUGCAACAUGGCAUGAUGCAUAUAUUCUUGAACACGAGUUCUAAAAUUUUUUUGACCAACAAAUGUUGGACAAAACCGUAUUUCACUGGCUCUCUUGACCCCAAUUCUUGAACUUUUCUGCUAAAGACUUACAGUGAAACCCCGCCUUAGGGCCACCUCGGUAAUACAGUCACCUUGUUAUUACGGCCACUUUUUUUGGGCCGCCCAGCAAUGCCAGUAAAAACCCUCGUUGAUGCGGUCACCCGUUAAUAAGGCCAAAUUUUUUUUGGCGAAUUGGUGACAGUAUUAACGAGGUUCCACUGUAUUUCAGAAUUACUGUUUGCUAAAAUUCUUAUCCGACAUAUUAUCGAGUUAAGGUAGCUGUAAAGUUCCUGAUUAGGCUUUUUUGUCUUUUCCGGAUGAACGCUAAGAAUUCAAUUUUGGGGGGCCUCGGAAUCUGCGGAUUCGAUGGAUAUAAAUUCGCGAAUUAAUGGCUUUGAGCUUGUAAACUACUCAAUUCCUUUCGUGAGAAUUUGAGUAUGCACUUGAUUCAUACAUAUUCAUCAAUUAAAAGUAGCUAUAAAGUGCGUUACUCCCCCGCAAAGUCUGUGCUCUGAACACACAACCCGCAUUGAGCGAUCUUUCAAUUGUCCAUAAAACUGAAAUGAAGAUUCUAUUCUACAAAUUAGGAGUGAAUUUGUGUCUUUUGGUUGCGAAUUUUUUAAUAGUGACAAUGGAAAAUUACUCAAAAAUAUUUUAUGCGGCGCCAAUGCGUCGGAUAUGAACAAUGCAAAUUACCGCGUUUUUUCUAUCUGUUAACAUUUUUUUGAAUUACCUGGGAACAGAAAUGUGACUCAGCACCGUUUAAUUCCAGAAUUAUCACUUGAAAUAGGAAACAUAUCCGAGAGAAUCAAGAUUCUCCAAGUCAACGCUUUCUCCAGCAAAGCAAAUCACUCAUUUUUAAAACAAUGAGAUGCGAAUGCGACUUUAAAUUAAAUUUGCACCGCGGUACACAGCUGGUCGGGGCACUAUAUUUCUAAUAUUUCUCACAAAACAGAAUAAAAACUAAUUUGAAAACAAAACAAUCGCUGAUUUCUCAAUUUCAAAAGGUGUGAGUUGUUUUAAUUGUUAUGCGUCGUAAAACUGACUUUCAUGCAAAUUGUCCUUCCAAGAGAUUCGCUCUGGAUUUUCCCCUUGUGUAGCGAAAACAGAAGCAGAGCUACACUCCUACGAAGAUUACUUUUCACUUAAGUUAUAACCAAGAAAUUCUCAUAUGAGCCAUUUAAAAAGGUAAGAACGUGUAAUUUAAUUCCAUUUCAUAACUGAUUGUUUAUGUUUUGUAAAAUUAAUCGUUCCACUUAGUUGUUUGGCAAUAAAUCAAGAUCUGUGUCCUUUUUCUUAAAAAUGUGGUUCUUAAAAUAUCGAUACGAUCAGCAAUAAAAUAAAAUACACUAAUAUAGGACCAAGAAUCCAACGUAAGUACAGUCAACAACGACACUCAGUUUCGUCAUAACGAAAUCACAUUAGAUCGUCCGAGACUGGAUUUUUCCCCGAUUAUACUAUAUAAACCUUAAUUUCUUAGCUUCUUUAUUGAAGUUUUCUUUGAACCACUUGAACACAUAAAAUCCUGUGAAAUGAAAACUCAAACCUAAUUUUGAACAAGUUACAUAAUAUCUACGCAUGUUAAAACCCAGUCAACAUAAGUUUUACUUAAAAAAAACAUAUAUUACUAAUCUACCUUUAUUUUUUUUUCAUUUUUAAAUAAUUGGUUGUUUGGGAAGAACUCUAAGUUAUCGGCGAAAAAAUUGACUGCAUUUUCGGACAUAGGUGUAAAAACGGCGGAUUUCAUGAGGGUUUGGAUGUGGGUGCAAGAAAUUUAUAUUUUAAAAAAGUACUGAUUAUAGGAACAUUUUACUAAAUUAGUUAAUACAACACAUAUAAAUAUGAUAAAUAUCCCUCAUCAUAUCCCUGUGUAAGUGCAGGAAGUUCAUACGAAACAAAGAAGCUUAUUUUUUUUACAUUGAAACACUGAAACAGUAGCCAAGGGCAAUGAGUUUAUUCAUUACCGAUAUUUUUAUUCUUUGCGUUGCCCCUUUCUUAGUCACAGAUUGCGUGAUGAUCCCUACGUUAUAAACUACCUGUAAAGCCGACAAAAACUUUAUGACUUUCUAAAUUUCAGCGGCUAAUCAAACCAAGAUUUGUCGUAAGUGCCCGUUUCGGAGGUAAAAGUAUCAGAAAAGCUGUCAGUGAUUUUCUUGCACACCAUUUGAACACGGGGGGUGGCCUUUUCACCCGUAUCAAUUUCCUGCCCUCAUUCUUUCCCUGACUCUCUCGGCAAUUUCAGGAUAUAAAGUCUAGCAGAUAUUCCGUUCAAACAGCAGUUCUCUGAUCCUUCAAGGUUUUAUUUUACUGUUCUUGUUAUGUUUUUAGGCAAAGCGAGUGAAAUUUUCGGCUGUCUUUUUAGCUCUACCAAAACAGUUGAGCUCCGGCGCCCAACCUCGUCUUCAGGGGCUUCUCGGUUUGCCGGCUCUUUUUCUGUCGAUAUUUGGUAAACGUUUGACGUCAUCGAUAGCAUUCAAUAUCGCAAACUUCUUCCAAAUUUGCUCAACACUAGGUGGCCUUGAAGAAUUAGACGGUGGAUUUGAACCAAUCCAGAAACGGAGAAAUUUGUUUAAUAAAUAAUAAUACUUCCUUUGUGGUCGAUGACGGCUUUGUUGUGACGAUGCUGGGUUCUCUUUAUAGUUGUUGUCAUUUCAGUACAUGCCUAGCCUGCGAACCGCAGACGUAUUUNCUUCAGGGGCUUCUCGGUUUGCCGGCUCUUUUUCUGUCGAUAUUUGGUAAACAUUUGACGUCAUCGAUAGCAUUCAAUAUCGCAAACUUCUUCCAAAUUUGCUCAACACUAGGUGGCUUUGAAGAAUUAGACGGUGGAUUUGAACCAAUCCAGAAACGGAGAAAUUUGUUUAAUAAAUAAUAAUACUUCCUUUGUGGUCGAUGACGGCUUUGUUGUGACGAUGCUGGGUUCUCUUUAUAGUUGUUGUCAUUUCAGUACAUGCCUAGCCUGCGAACCGCAGACGUAUUUCCGGUAGUCGCUUCUCUCCCUGCGGUUGAAACUAGAGCCGAAAAAACCGGAUGAAUUCGUAGGCGUGUACGUCACAUUUUGGGGGAAGUGUGUGCCACGUUUUGCGGCGUUUUGAGAUAUAAACUAAGAAUGACCUCAAAAGAAGUGUGAUUAGGUUUUUCUGAAAAGUGAGUUUUAGUUAAUGUACUAAUGGGAGAAUUACGUCAAAUCAGACCGACGUUUUUUGUUGAUCUGAUUCAGUGCGUGGCUGAAUAGAAGGUUUCCGCCUGCAGAGUUAGAAAUUUUAUUUAUCACUCCUGGAGAAAAAAAGCUAUCGCGCAAUGCUCGUACUCCAGCUGCCGGGGAUUUUUUAAAUCGUCAACGAAAAACUACUGUAUGUAAAUGAAAAUACAUUGCUUCCACAAUUCUAUGAUGAAGAAAUUUUUGGCAUUUGUCUGAAUUUUAAGAGAAACCGAGCUAAAAUCAGUCCUGAAAAUGUAAUGAGUUUUUGUAGAAGUGAUGGCUUAGUGGCAAAACGGCACAGCUACAUAAGUGAAUUACGGAUUCCCUUCCUUAUAAUAUUGUUUGCUCAAAUAAGAUUGAAAUUCAGUUAAGUAAGUCUUUAAUAAAUUUACUUUCCUUCGUGAAAUCUAUAUGCUAAAUGUCAAUGAUACUUUUGUUUUUCCUCUCUGUGAAGAGGUGUAUACCCUCUGUUGAUAAAACCACAUAAUGAUAUAGGUGUAUAUACUGGUUAUUAAACAGCUAAGAACCCGAAACAUACUUUUAUUGCCAUUCAGAAAAUACUCUUUGAGUAAAAAAAAAAAAGAUUAAAGAAAUUUAUAAUUUUCCACAUUUGAAAAUUGUCUUUUUCAGGGCAAAUUUUUCAAUAUCCUUUUCUAAAUUCGUUAAUUCAUUUAGUGGAUAUAUUGUAUUUUUGUUCAAAUGUAACGUAAGUGUUAUUUUUGUAAAAUGCGGAUGCAAAAGCUUUUAACGCUAAACACUCCCUUACCAAUACAAUAGUAGGCUUUUUGCCCUUUUUAUCAAUUGGUUUGCAUGUCAUGUUUUUGUGUACUAACUGAGCAAUUGAACUGAGAGUCUGUGUAACAAGUUUGUUAGUAUUUCAUUUUCUACUUGUAGUAUUGUAUGUUUCCUGUUUUUAUGACUUAAAUCACCAUGAUCACCCUAAACAUACUUAAAAACCGCAGGGCUCACUUAAGUCUGACUUACAGAAAGUACUCGAAAUACCAUCAUCGACGUUUAAUUUUAAAUAUCAUUGAACUUUAUUUCGCAAAACUAGUGUCUGCUUGCAGAUUCAGUCUGCAAAAUAUCUUGCGCCGUUUGGUUGGUUGAAUUAUUUUCUUUUUGUAGAAAAUAAGCCCUUAAAGUAGCUAGGUCGGGAUAAUAUUCCUUAAACAGACAGAGCCUUGAAAUAAAUAUGGAAACGGUUAGUGCGAUGAAAAUACUGAUUAACAGGUCCUAACUUAAUGUCUUUCUUAGUACUGCAAAUAUUUGGACUCGGCUUAUAAUAUCUUUAUAGUGCCAAGGCAUCAGCAUAAUUUAAGAGAUAGCCUACACAAGUACUAAGCCUUUGUUAUUGGAAAUCACAUGAAAAGUUAAUAAGUUCGUAAUAAUAGUUAUCAUUAGAAAGUUUAUCAGCACAAAAAAAGUCUUCUGAAAUUUGAAUGUGGCAUAUUUAUUAUUUUGUUCUAUAAAGAAAUUUCUCUUGUCCAGCUAUACAUUUGGUAAUGUUCCGUGCUUUUAUGAAGGAUGUUGAAACUUUUUUGCUUCACUUUUCACUUUACGUAAUCAUAUUAAUUUUAGAUGCUCAAUAUCGACAUUGUGCAUAAUUGAAGUUAUUUCCAGAUGUCCAUUGGCAAUAAAUACAAGAUUUUUUUCUUCCUUUUCACUUAAAAGGGAAUACUUGAAGCUGUCAAGCCCAGAAAAAGAGGUGAACUCAGGGAUUCAUGACUAAGAAAAGUUGGCGCUCGAGGCGAAGUUAAUCGGAAAGAAAUUAAGACGAAAAGGUACGUUAUAGAUAAUCUAAAAUUAUUACUGUGAUGUCUUUGAGUGGAGAAAAUUCUUUAAGUAGUUACAUUAGGAUGGCAAUAGCUUGUCGCCGACAGAACCCAUUUCAUCAGAUACGGCACUUUGUAGAUAAUGAUUUGUAUGUCCUUACUUGGCUCGACUUGGCUCCUACACUAACACGCCUAUUUUGACUGAGCAAAACAGAAUCCUGAUUGCCGAAUAUUUAAUAAAUCUUUUUUGCCUUGUUUAAGAGCGCGAAUAGUAUGAAUAUGAGUUUAUAUCUUUACCUUCAUUGUGUAUAAAACUUUCCGCUUUGGCUUUAAAGCGAUUAUAUAGGAGAAGCUUGACCAUGAGCGAGAGCAAUGUCCUCCCCUGAAUCGCUUUAUAGCCAUAAACAUAACUGACACCGCUUGCAAAAAUGUUACCUUACUGAUAUAUUUGCUUAAAUGAAUAUCAAACUUCCGUCCAUCUGGCUAUCGUUGAUUUAUUUUCCGCCGUUUAAACGAACUUUGAAAUGUUAAACUGAACUUUAGUGGUCAAGAUAUUGGUCUCUUGUUGAUUACUAUGUAGCAGUAUUGCUGUGUGGCAUAUAUAGGCUGCAGAAUAUGCUCUGAGAGCGGUCUAGAGAGAAGUUUGGGAUUGGUAGUUUUGGUCUCUGAAGUUUUGGUAACUAUUUUGGUUUAACAGUUGGUGCGUUAUUCAAAUCAGACAAAUCAGAUUCUAGACUUCAUUCUUCAGUACUAAGAAUCCUAAUGCGAUUAUGACUUCCACCUAAAGUGCGAUGCAAAGUGGCAAGAAAUUGUAACCUACCGAGAAAGCAGAUGAUUGAUUUACGCGAUGCCAGAAUGUCGCAGUAUGAAAAAAAAAAACGAUGUUGAUAAUAGAUCUAUGGCUGCGCUGGUAACUUAUCAGGAAUAAUCCGUCCAAUACAUUCAAUUCAUACUUACCAUUAAUAUACUGAAGUUAUUGCCGUUUUUAACACCCGAAAACCUAAUCGCUAAAUUACCGGAAAGUAACCUUUAUGGUUUCAAUUUUUCUUUGCCGCCAAAGUCACAGUUUUUUUGCCGUUGUUUUCACGGAAACAGAUUUAAAACUGAUGGUAUCUCUGAGCGAUUAUCAAGCCUGUAUUGUAAUGCCCCUUGAUUUUUGCCACAAUGACGUGUACAGGAGUCAGUAGAUCAAAACAAAAACUAACGUUUUGUCGCAAAAGAAAAUCUAAUCAAUUUCAUAGUACGCUUCUCUCUCGAAAUCGCCUCUUGUGUCUCUGAAGUUCGGAAAAAGGACAGGCGAGAUAUUUCAAUCUUGUCCCAGCAAUUACCUUCCAGCUAUUCCCGCGCCAUACUUCAACUAUUUGGGGAGGCCUAACAGCCCAGUUGAAUAAAGUCACGAGUAUCUUAAAUCUAAAUGUCGUGAGCAGCUUAUCAUGCUGAUUAUCUUAAAGUAGGAUGAGACAUGGAUAAUUACCUGAGUAUAAGAACGGGGUGCUGCUACACUUCAUCCAGCUGCUUUAACAUCAUCGUACUAACUUGAUGGUUAGGCAGCUAUCCAACUGCUUAUAAUUUUUAGUCCAUUCUACUCUCCAUUGUCGCAGUUGGUCUUUGUUUUGAAACCAAAUUUUAUGGCUCAAACGCGUCAGAUCCGCUUUGUUUUUUGUAAUCAUUUUUGUCUUCGUAAGUAGCACUGAGAGUCGUUUGCUUGUGCCAUGGCAUUAGUGCAAGGCAAAAAAUAUGUAACAAAACAAAUGGAAAAGUGCCGGCCGGAAGACUGAGGAAAACCGCAGUAACCACCGGCAGGUAGUAAGUGAAGAGUCAUUAUUUAGUUUUGGUGUCAUGUGCUAUGACACAGUUGCACUGAAAGGUUUUCAAAACUAAAUUAAGUGCAUCUCUAUAAACACAAUGUUGCGAUCUUAGGCCAUGUUACUAGUUAUCAGCAUCUACUCUCGAAAAUUUUAAGAAUAAGUUUGAAAAUCAGCUUACAAUCAAGUUUUGAGUAGGGUUUUCAUACGGUGCUAAUAAGAGAGAGGGCAUGAUAUCCUUUUUCUUUAUUAAAAUAAUUUAUACUAAAAUCAGGGGGAAGGAACUCACCGCCCCACCCCUCCCCCACUAAUCCGUCUAUUGGUUCAAAUGACAUCUCUAAUAGGACAAUUGCAUGAUCAUGAUGUCUUUUUGCUACAACUCCCAGCAUCCUUCAGUUUGUUGUUUUCUGGUGCAAAUUAGGACUAUUGUUCUUUAAACUUCAGCAGGAUUGAGAAAUUCAAAUAAGAAAGCACAAAGGAAAUGAAUUCUGGUAGUUGUAGUCAAAUGUUGUCAUCUUGAGAACGGCCUAUUGCUGACUUCCUUUGUUUUUGCUACUUACAGGUAUUAAAAGAGGUGGAAACUGUCAUGCGCCUUGUGAACUCGGUGUUUUAGCCGAAACAAGCUAUUUGGCGACGUGGUGACAAAGGCAAUUAGCUCAUUAUCAAGAGUUUCAAACGUUGAUAGUAUAACGGAGAGUCUUCACCAUUGGACUAAAUCCACUAUAUCCCAUUAAUGGAAAACAGCACCCGACCCUCGCUGAUAAAACACCGUGCUUUGUUCCCGCUAAAAGCAAACGUCACUACAUUUCCACCGAUUGGAAACACUUCAACGAUGACAAUUGUAGCAAAUGCCACCACGUUCCCACCAAUGAGAAACGCUACCGCGAUGACAGUCUUAACAAAUGACACCACAACUGAAUUCCCGCCAAGUCAAACCGCACCAAGUUCCACCAAUAACGACAUCUUUUAUGCGAUUCUCACCGUUGUUCUGGCCUUUGUUAUUAUAACCGGGCUGAUUGGCAACACCAUGGUUAUCGUAACAAUACGAGGAAAGCGAAGCAUGUGGACCCCAUGCAAUUUCUUCUUGAUGAACAUUGCUAUAGCAGAUCUGUUGGUAGCCAUUGUUCUAACUCCCCUUCGCACGGCUGAACUAUUCAAUGGCUGGCCUCUGGGUGAAUUCUUAUGUCAGUUUGUUGGGCCAUUACAAGACGUGAUCGUGUGUGUUUCGGUCGUCCUGCACACUUUGAUAGCAUUCGAAAGGUAUCGCGGAAUUGUGACACCUUUCAAGCCUAAACUUUCUUUUCGAAAAGCCAAGAUAGCCAUGGCAGCCAUCUGUUGCGCAUGCUAUGUACUCAUCGGAUUACCGCUGGCGUUAGUUUUGAAAGAGGUAGAGAGGAAGGGAAAUAAACAUUGUGUCGCUGAAUUCCCUUCUCUGACAUUCCGUCAAGUUUUCUUUGUUCACCUUGUGGCGACUUUCAUGUUUUUUCCAUUGGUUAUUCAAACUUCGACUUACAUCAAGAUUGUUACCGCGAUAAGAAAGGAAGACAAGUCGACCCAGACAAUUUCAAGAAGCGGAACUGUCGAGCAGAGGAGAAAUCAAAUCCGGAAAAAAGCACGUUUGGUUAGAAUGCUGAUUAUUCUC